AUGUUCUCAAAGACUUUCACUCUCGCGAGCCUGGCUACCUUUGCCAGCGCUCAUAUGCUUAUGAGCAACCCCGUUCCUUACGGCAAGGCCAGCUUGACCAACGCUCCUCUGCUUGCAGAUGGCUCGGACUUCCCCUGCAAAAUGCGAGACGGUGUCUAUGAUGCCCAGGGAGCCAGCAACGUCUACAAGCAAGGCAGCACUCAGCAACUCUCCUUCACUGGCCAAGCCGUUCACGGUGGCGGUUCGUGCCAGGUUUCGAUCACGACCGAUAAGAACCCUGACAAGAACUCCGUUUGGAAGGUCAUCAAGUCCAUCGAGGGAGGUUGCCCUGCUAAGGGUCAGGCUGGAAACAUGGGCAAUAACCCAGAUGCAGAAGAUCCCUACAAGUACGACUUCACCAUUCCUGCUGAGCUCGCUGCUGGUGAUUACACUCUGGCCUGGACAUGGUUCAACAAGAUCGGAAACCGUGAGAUGUACAUGAACUGUGCGCCUCUGACUGUCACCGGAUCCGGUGGCUCCAAGGAUCACCUCAGCUCCCUUCCUGAUAUGUUUGUUGCCAACAUCGGCAACAAGUGCACUGUUCCAGAUGCUUCAGAUCUCCAGUUCCCCAACCCUGGAGAGGAUGUCGACCGCUUCAACGGUGCCACCCAAGCUUUCUCCACGGCUAGUGGUGAAGGAUGCCAGGCUACUGGCGCUGCUGGUGGCGGUUCCGGUGGCAGCUCUCCCGCUCCUACUGGUGGCAACGAUGCUCCUGCUCCCACCAGCGGAUCUGGCGGUCAGCCCACUGAGGCCCAGCCUCAGCCUACCCAAGCUCCCGAAAAGAGCGUUCCUGGCGGUGUUUUCAUCACUGUCUCUCAGCCCGCUGCAUCUCAGCCCGCUACCUCUCAGCCUGCUGUGUCCGAACCUGCUGCAGAGGAGCCCGCUGCCACCCAGGCCCCUCCUGCGACCACUGCCGCUCCUUCUACCCCCGGCGAUGGUUCCGAGUCUGGUAACGGUUCCGGUUCUGGUGAUGGCUCUGGAUCUGGAUCCCCCAGUGGUGGCUUCGCCGCAGGAACUGCCUGCACCACCGAGGGUGAAUGGAACUGCAUCGGUGGCUCCUCGUUCCAACGUUGUGCCAGUGGUGCCUGGACUGCUACGCAGCAACUCUCUGGUGGUGUUUCUUGCACACCAGGCCAGGCUGCUGACAUUGGCCUCAUGGCCAAGAGGGGCAAGCGAACCCUUCGCCGUGUUCAGCGCUUCAAGGCGUAA